AUGAGUGACACUAAUAAAACUAUUACUUUUACAAAUAUUAUGGGACAGGGUCGUAUCAAUCAACUUGGUGGUGUCUUUAUUAAUGGACGGCCAUUACCACACCAUAUUAGGAUUAAAAUAAUCGAAAUGGCGAGCAGCGGAAUUAAGCCUUGCCAUAUCAGUCGACAGUUACGUGUCUCCCAUGGUGCUGUGUCUAAAAUAUUGAAUCGAUACGCGGAAACGGGUUCUGUAUCACCUGGACAAAUCGGUGGCAAUCCACGAUCUAGACUUGCUAUUCAAGCCGUAGAAAAACAUAUCUUAGCUCUAAAAGCAAAGCGGCCCAACCUCUGUGCUAGUGAAUUACGCUCUUGUCUUAUUGAACAAGAGAUAUGCUCAGCUGAAAAUGCGCCUACCGUAUCUUCCAUCAACAGACAUAUUCGAUCAAAAAAACUUAAUUGUUCCAACAGCAAAGAUAUCAAAACACCGAAAAAAAGCCCGUUGAACUACAGUAUCGAGCAUAUCCUUGGUCUAGAUGGUGGUUUGUUACCUGAAUUUUUCUCAUAUUUCAAUUUUAUCAUCAAACAGAUUUAA